CCCUCUUUUACAUAAUCCGGAGCCUGUGUUCUCAGAGAAGGCGAAAGUACUUUUAUUUACAAGAAAAGGAAACAUCAAGAGGCGUGAAGAUGGAUUCCUGCGCCGACUCAUCUUCACUCUGAAUUUUCACCAAUCAAAUUCUCCAUUUGGGAAGAUUAGCGGGACUCUGACUCACUGCUGCUGUCAUCCUCUGUUACCUUCAUCGCCUCUGCUCUUUGACUUGCUCUAAUGCCCUUUUUCUGUCUUUUGCAGGUGAGAUGGACUGUUUCACACUGAGCCAUCUUUAGAAACGGCUAUAUUUGUGAUAUUAAGCUCAUGCGAGUACUCUGGCAUGUGACUUGGAAUCUCAUUGCAGAAUGAGCUUCUGCUCCUGGGCAGUGAAACUGCUCCCCUGGAAGUUCAGGAGCUUGAUGGUAACUUUAAGGAUGAGAAGCAAAUGUGUGUGUGUGUGUGUGUGUGUAUGUGUGUAAAUGUGAGGAUUGUAGCAGAGCCGCAGUGACAAGGGGCAUUUGGUACGAUUCCUCUUAAGACCGUUAGCCAGCUUUAUCUCAAAAAGCACAGGAACAGAAAUAUUUGCACUUUUGACCCAGAAAGUUUUUCUUUAUUUAUAUAAGUGUGAAUCAGCAUAAACGUUUAUGUAAAGCCGUAAAUGUGAAGGGGAAGGUUUGUUUAAAAAGUGUUUUUGCAGAUUUUCUUUCUGAAGCAUCGGGUCAGCAGGUCAAACCACCACAAGCAGCGUCGGGCUUUUAUUCUGCUAACAAGAGGAAGUUGACUCAGGGGGCAGAGGGCACAGCUGCUACAAAACACACUUGUGACCAACCCUCAAUAAUGGCCCAAAACUUAAUAAAUUCAUGUGUUUUAGGAAAAUUAACAUUUCAAUAAACGGUGUAUUGAUCUUUAGUCUAAACACUUGUAAGGUUAAUACUAAGUUCAACCCACAGUUUAGUUGUACAUUAUUCAGAUGUUUUUAUCAUAAAUUAUUCAGAAUCCCUUCGUGACUUUUCAUAACUUUUAAAAUACCUUUUUCUCAUCAUUUCCUUUUUUAUUCCCCUCUAAGCCUGCUUCCAGUGGAAAAAUAUUCAGGAAAAACGUGUCAAACAUUUUUAUGCAAUAUAUUUUUAUUAAUUACAAAUAGAUUCUAACAUUUUCUUUGACAUAUAUUUAUUACCACCAACAGAACAUAAAUGAUCCAUUUCAGUUUAUAAUUGAGGUUGAAAAAACUUUGAGAACACAAAUGUUUUACUUUCAGAAAGCCAAACAAAUAAUUUUGUUAUAGUUUAACUGAAAUCUGUUAGAAUGGUUUUGUAUAAUCAUUAAAUCAAGCAGCACUGAAACUGAAACCACGUCUUCAGUAAAAGUCUGUUAAGUGAUACUGGUGUCAGACUGGACUCCAGUCAGCUUUGUGAAAGAUCUCCACUCACAACCCCCAAAAUAAAAUGCAAACAUUUUAUCUGAAGAUUACCCAAAGUCAUCUAUUUUAGUUUAUUUCAGCAAAUAUGGCAGCCACGGGAGGGUUGAUGAAAAGCAAGGGAAACAUCUCAGACUUCUGGAUGAUGCUGAAGGCUUUUGGAGAAAUCUAAUGAGGAUUGUCAGGAUCAAAUGUGAAACUAUUUAGAAGAUGUGUGUGUUGUUACAUCUAGUGAGGAAGUAAAACCUCAUUUCAGAAAACACACAUUAAGUGUCAAGCAUGGUGGUGGAAGUGUGAUGGUCUGGCGCUGCUUUGCGUGUUCAGGACCUGGACCACUCACUGUAACUGAUGUAAUUAGAUUUUUCAAACAGGCUGUGAAACCCUUCGAUGUGGCUUAACUGGAGUAUUUCUGUAAGGAAGAGUGGGAUGAACCUCCUUCACAGUGACGUGAGACUUGUUUGCAGUUACCAGACCAAUGCUGGAUUUCAAUUGUUGCCAUGAAUGGUGUUAAAAUCAAUAAUCAGGUUCAGUUACUUCUUUACUGGUUGGAUUGGAUUGCCUCUCUUCUCUUAAGUAAUGAAAACUGCAUCAGCUCAGGUUUGUUUGCAGAUUUAGAAGAUUUGUGUGACAAAAACAAAAGAAGUCUGCCAACAGACAAAUCCUUUUUCACUACACUGUAGAUUUAAAGCAGGUUGUGGUUGCGUUUGUUCCACAACCAUGUCCCCAAAAUGACUAACACAGAUUAACCUGAAGUCAAUCUCAGAAGGUGUUUCUUUUUUCAUCCACAUCUUGAAAAACUAGUCAGAACUUUUACAUUUUGAUUCUACUUUGCUGAUGAGAGCAGUUCUUCUUCUCAGGUUUGCUCGGAGUACUUCUGUGUCAGAGCUUCACCCUCUUUUCUUUAGGACCACAGGAUAAUUUGUCAUCUCUUCCUGUCCACAGUCUCCUGCUUCACUGUUGUUUUCGCCCAGGUCACGGUCCAGUGCCACUCAGCGGUGUGCCCCCUUCUUCCCCUUUCCCUCCAGCAUUUAUCUCUCUGCGUGGUUUUGGCAGCGAUGUGCUUUUCCCAGCAUUUAGCCAGGAGAGGGCGAGAGGAGGGGAGAGAGAGAGAGAGAGAAAAGGGGCCUUUUCAAGUGAGGAAUGACGGACACUUUAUUAAAGGAGGCAGGGCCUUUUGAGAAGCCCACCGCACCCUGCCCCGCCACCCCCUUCUUACCCCAUGUGUCUGGCCCCAUUGUGACUGGGCAGUGGCAGACCCCCCCUCCCAUCACACACCACCAUACCAGGCGCUUUUGUCACUGUAAGUCACCUCAGAGCCGCUGCGUAAAAACACACCCAUUCGACACAGUAACACUUCACCGUUCUGAUUCUGCAUAGUCCGCGGAAAAAAAACGGGAUUGUCUGGGCUGUCAGAAGACAUACAGGAGACACGGAGAUGGGCGUGACGCACUGGGAAGAAAGGAGCGAAGGGAUGAAACUGGGAGGGUAAUGUGAAAAGUUUAGAAAGGACGAACAGCAGAAAGGCAUCUGGAUGUUGGAAUGAGAACAGACAAAGUCCAGGGAGAUGUGGAAAAAUAAACAAGUGAGAGAAAUGAAGAAGUAAAUAAAUAAAUGAAUCGGGGGAAGCUGUCGGGAGAUGACGGGGGGACAGAGGGGUCCCCGUUUUCUUGUAGCUGUGUGUGAAAUGUGUGUCUUUAGAUACAAGCAGCAUUCCUCCAGAGAUAAAACCCCCGGGCCCCUGUCCACCAAGCCCCCACCCUCUACAGUGCCUCCACCCACCAUGCUUACUCAACUGUGUGUGUGUGUGUGUGGGUCUGUGUUUACGGUGGAUGGGGGUCUGUGAGCCCUGAGCCAGAGCACUUGCAGGGGGGCAACAGGAAGGACAUCUGAGUGUUUGAGAGAAACAGAAAACUUAAGAAAGAGAGCGUGGAGGGCUGACAGGCAUGCCAGUCAAGACCAUCACUUUUGGAAUCCCAGACCCUGUCUUCACCCGCUUUGUAAUUCACUAAAGAUCCCAAGAACCGUGACAAUAAUACCCAUGACAAUCUCAUCUCCAAGCGCAGAGGCUGCAGCGGGGUUAGUUCUAAAGAGGCGAUCGGCAGAUGCUGGCAACAGUUUUCUCCGAGCAGCCCGAUCUGGCAACCUGGACAAGGCCUUGGAGCACAUAAAAAACGGCAUCGAUAUUAACACAGCCAAUCAGAAUGGGCUCAACGGGCUGCAUCUGGCCUCCAAAGAGGGCCACGUCAAAAUGGUGCUGGAGCUACUUCACAAUGGGAUCACGCUGGAGACCACCACGAAGAAAGGGAACACCGCCCUGCACAUUGCAGCCCUGGCAGGGCAGGAGCAGGUGGUCACAGAGCUAGUAAACUAUGGGGCCAAUGUCAACGCUCAGUCCCAGAAGGGUUUUACUCCACUCUACAUGGCUGCACAAGAAAACCAUCUAGAGGUUGUGAAGUUUCUUCUGGAGAACGGCGCCAAUCAGAGCAUUCCCACUGAGGAUGGGUUUACCCCGCUCGCCGUGGCUCUUCAGCAGGGACAUGAGAACGUUGUGGCCCUGCUCAUUAACUACGGCACCAAGGGAAAGGUCCGUCUCCCCGCACUACACAUUGCAGCACGAAACGAUGAUACGCGCACAGCAGCAGUGCUUUUACAGAACGACCCCAAUCCUGACGUUCUCAGCAAGACUGGAUUCACCCCCCUUCACAUUGCUGCCCACUAUGAGAACCUAAACGUUGCGCAACUUCUGCUUAAUCGAGGAGCAAAUGUCAAUUUCACCCCAAAGAACGGCAUCACUCCUCUGCACAUUGCUUCCAGACGUGGGAAUGUGAUCAUGGUCCGACUCCUUCUGGACCGAGGGGCUCAGAUUGAUGCCAAAACCAAGGAUGAGUUGACACCUCUACACUGCGCAGCCAGAAAUGGACAUGUUAGAAUUAUAGAAAUUCUGUUGGACCAUGGGGCGCCCAUCCAGGCAAAGACCAAGAAUGGCCUGUCUCCGAUCCACAUGGCAGCACAGGGGGACCAUGUGGACUGCGUCAAGCAGCUUCUGCAGUACAAUGCAGAGAUUGAUGACAUCACACUGGACCACCUCACCCCCUUGCAUGUGGCAGCACACUGCGGGCAUCACCGCAUGGCCAAAGUACUGCUGGACAAGGGGGCCAAACCCAACUCCAGAGCUCUGAACGGCUUCACUCCCUUGCACAUUGCCUGUAAAAAGAACCACAUGCGUGUGAUGGACCUCCUCCUCAAACAGUCUGCAUCCUUAGAGGCUGUGACUGAAUCUGGUCUAACGCCCCUGCAUGUGGCAUCUUUUAUGGGUCAUCUCAACAUUGUGAAGAUCCUCCUGCAGAAAGGAGCUUCCCCCAGCGCCUCCAAUGUGAAAGUCGAAACUCCUCUCCACAUGGCGUCUCGGGCUGGACACUAUGAGGUUGCAGAGUUCCUAUUAGAGAAUGCAGCACCAGUGGAUGCCAAAGCUAAGGAUGACCAAACCCCUCUGCACUGUGCUGCUCGGAUGGGUCACAAGGAGCUAGUAAAGCUUCUACUGGAGCACAAGGCCAACCCCAACUCCACCACCACAGCUGGACACACACCACUGCACAUCGCUGCCCGGGAAGGUCAUGUACAGACAGUUCGCAUCCUACUGGACAUGGAGGCCCAACAGACCAAGAUGACCAAGAAGGGCUUCACUCCAUUACAUGUAGCCUCUAAGUACGGUAAGGUGGAUGUGGCUGAGCUGUUGCUCGAGAGAGGAGCCAACCCAAAUUCAGCUGGAAAGAACGGUCUGACCCCGUUGCAUGUUGCUGUACAUCACAACAACUUGGAUGUAGUCAACCUACUUGUUAGCAAAGGAGGGUCACCGCAUAGCGCUGCAAGGAAUGGUUAUACCGCCCUCCACAUCGCCUCCAAACAGAACCAGGUGGAGGUGGCUAACAGCUUGCUGCAGUAUGGAGCUUCAGCCAAUGCUGAGUCACUGCAGGGAAUCACCCCGCUCCACCUGGCCUCGCAGGAGGGAAGGCCCGACAUGGUCUCCCUGCUCAUCUCCAAACAGGCCAACGUCAACCUCGGCAACAAGAGUGGAUUAACGCCUUUGCACUUGGUGGCCCAGGAGGGACAUGUAGGCAUUGCUGAUAUUUUAGUGAAGCAGGGGGCUUCAGUCUAUGCAGCCACACGGAUGGGUUACACUCCUCUCCAUGUCACGUGUCAUUACGGCAACAUCAAAAUGGUGAAGUUCCUUGUGCAGCAUCAGGCUAACGUCAACAGCAAAACAAGGCUCGGUUACACUCCUCUGCACCAGGCAGCCCAGCAGGGACACACAGACAUUGUGACCCUGCUGCUGAAACAUGGCGCCCAGCCCAACGAAACCACUACUCAUGGCACCACAGCUUUGGCUAUUGCUAAGAGGUUGGGCUACAUCUCUGUGAUUGACGUACUGAAGCUCGUCACAGAUGAGACGGUUUCCAUGAUGACCACAGAGAAACAUCGUAUGAGUUUCCCAGAAACUGUGGAUGAGAUACUCGAUGUGUCGGAGGAUGAAGGAAUUGCUCAGCUAACAUUAGGAGAGGAGCUCUUGGGGACAGGAGGGGCCAGGUACAUGAAGAUGGAUGACAUGAAAGACCAUGAUGACGAUUUCCUCUCCCCCAAGAAAUCACUGGAGUACGAGAGAGGGCUGGGCACAGCAAAUUAUUCGCCAGCCAUUCCCAGGAUUCCUCGUGUCUCACCUGAGACUGUCAAUCUGAAAGAACAUGAGAUCGAUCAGCAACACACUCCACUUCCACUGCCCAAAGAGUAUGAUGAAGACUCACUGAUUCCCAGCAGCCCAGCUACUGAAACGUCUGAUAACGUCAGCCCAGUUGCCAGUCCUAUACACACAGGGUUUCUGGUCAGUUUUAUGGUGGAUGCUCGUGGCGGUUCAAUGCGAGGCAGCAGGCACAACGGACUGCGUGUCAUCAUACCUCCACGGACGUGUGCGGCACCCACCCGCAUUACCUGCCGCCUGGUGAAGCCGCAGAAGCUGACCAGCCCCCCUCCACUGGUGGAGGGAGAGGGGCUGGCCAGUAGGAUCAUCUCUCUGGGUCCAGCUAGCAUGCAGUUCCUGGGACCAGUGAUUGUGGAGAUUCCCCACUUUGCGCCUCUGGGUCGUGGUGACCGGGAGCUCGUUGUGCUGAGGAGUGAGAAUGGAUCAGUUUGGAAAGAGCACCGCAACCGCUACGGCGACGAGGUCCUAGAAACAAUCCUAAAUGGGAUGGACGAGGAACUAGAAAGUCAAGAAGAACUCGGAAAGAAGCGAAUCCGCCGCAUCAUCUCUACCGACUUCCCUCUGUACUUUGCUGUUGUGUCAAGAGUUCAACAAGAAAGCGAUCUGAUUGGUCCAGAGGGAGGCUCGCUGACGAGUAAACUGGUACCGAUGGUCCAGGCUACGUUUCCUGAGACGGCCGUAACCAAAAGAGUCCGCCUGGGUCUGCAGGCUCAGCCUGUUCCAGAUGAGCUGGUUGCUAAGCUGCUUGGUAACCAGGCAAACUUUAGCCCUGUGGUUACCGUAGAGCCUCGGCGGCGCAAGUUUCACCGACCCAUCGGUCUGCGCAUACCUUUGCCCCCGUCCUGGAGGGAUAGUCCUCGAGACUCGGGGGAGGGGGACACCACCAGUCUGCGUCUGCUCUGCUCCGUCAUAGGUGGGACAGCCUCAGCCCAAUGGGAAGACAUUACAGGCACCACUAAGCUUGCAUAUACCAACGACUGCGCCAGCUUCACAACUAACGUUUCAGCUCGAUUCUGGCUGGCGGACUGUCCUCGGACAGCUGAGGCCGUCUCUUUCGCCAACCUGCUCUACAAAGAGCUGUCUGCCGUCCCCUACAUGGCCAAGUUUGUGGUGUUUGCAAAGAUGAAUGAGCUGCGUGAGGGCCGCCUACGCUGCUACUGCAUGACCGACGAUAAGAUGGAUAAAACUCUGGAACAGCACGAGAACUUUACAGAGGUGGCUCGCAGUCGAGACAUAGAGGUGAUGGAGGGAAUGCCUCUUCACCUGGAGUGUUCAGGUAAUCUCAUGCCAGUGAGGAAGGCCACACAGCAACCACGCUGCUUCAGUUUCCAGGCUUUCAAGGAUAACCGACUCCCAGUCUCCGUUAAGGUGAGAGAUGGUACUAAAGAACCCACUGGAUUUUUAUCGUUUCUGCGAAAGUCCACAAAAUAUGAGGACAGCCAACAAGUGCUCUGUAACCUCAACAUCUCAAUGCCGCCAUGUAUGAAGCAGAUUAUUGGGAGUGAAGAGCGGAGACGAACUCUGACCCCUUUAGCUUUAAGAGAAAGAUACAGCGCUCUGAAUGAGCCUGCUAUAGCAUCUAUGAGUGCGAUUGAGAGGACGGAGCUGAAGAUGGCUGUGAUAGCAGAGCAGCUGGGACUCAGCUGGGCCGAGUUGGCCCGUGAGCUUCAGCUCAGCGUGGACGAUAUCAACAGGAUCCGUGUUGAGAAUCCAAACUCCCUUCUUGAGCAGAGUUCUGCACUCCUCAAUCUGUGGGCCACUCGGGAAGGCAAAAGGGCCAAAAUGGAGAGCUUAUACGUGGCCCUGAAGAAUAUUGACCGUUUGGACAUCAUCAGCAUGUUGGAAGGUCAACCGCCUCAGCCACUGAGACAGAGUUCCUGUGAUCUCAGCAAGCGUCGACACAACAACAGAGACCACCUCUCCCCUGGUAUAACCAAUGGUUAUGGGCUUGCGCAGGAAGAGCUACUCUCGCCGGCCUCCAUGCAAUACAGCCUACCCUCCCCGCUGGGUGCUGAGUCUUACUGGCAGGAAGUCUCCAGUCUGGACUGUGCACCUAUUGCCACCACAGAAGAAGACACCCUCAUGGAGAUGUCUGAUGUGCAGGUGUGGCCCUCAGGCAACAGCCCCUCAUUAGUGCCUGUGGAGGAUUCAUCGCUGGAGUGCAGCAAUGCUGAUGACUCAGAGCGUCUGCUGGGACUGCCGUAUGGAAGUCUGGGUCGGCCGGCCAGUCAGGCCAGCGCGGCCAGCGGAGGGGGUGGGGUGCUUAGUGGCUCCAUUGAGUUGCCAGAAGACGAUUCGGAGAUGGGCGUAGACUCCCUCAGCACCACCACACCAGCCUCGCUUGGGGGCACCAUCUCCGGGAUGAAUCUUAACGGGCUGAACAACGGUCAGGGGUCAGAGGCCAGCUCAGAGGCAUCCGCAUUCACAAGUACGACAGGUGGAGAUGGAGCCGGAGGAGGAGGACGAGAAGGUGGAAUGGGUUCAGAGGAAGGACUCUCUCUUUUUGCAGGACAGCAAAGGCUGUAUGCCCGGCUGAGUGAGUCAGCUGGUCUGAGCUGUGUUGCUGAUCAUAAUGGAGACAGGUCAGGCAACGGUCAGAACGGAGGAGGUGGAAGCACUUUUCUCUCCUACCUGCAGGAGCAGACAGGUCCCGGAUGGAUCCCUGUCACCGACCCAACUCAAGCUUGGGUUGGGAUCCAAUCUAAGCCCAGACAGGCCAUGGAGAAUGUCGUUUCAUCAGUACGGAAUGCUGUAGAUGCAGAGCAGACCCGCAUGGCUCAGGAGGCCUUGCUUCAGCCGGUGAGGGACAUGGGGCACUCUGAGAUUUUACGAGGGCACUUCAGAGGGACCCAGCCUUUUGAGAAGGGUUUGGGAUUUCCACACAGGGUACCAGAGCUGCGAGGCUGGGACGACAUGCGCCUGAGGGGCCAGGGCGAUGAAGCUGAAGAUCUCCCCGGAGAGCAAGUAAGCGAGGAACAGUUCACGGAUGAACAUGGAAACAUUGUCACAAAAAAGAUUGUGCGGAAGGUUGUGCGCAGAGGGAAGGGUUCGGGAGAGGAAGGGGUUCUGGAGAUGAGCAUGGAGGGCUCUCUGCAGGAUGUCAACGAUCUGGAGGGCAAUGCUGAGCAGUAUUUGAGCUACGCCAUCCUGGGCCACGAUAGCAGCAAGCCCGACUCUAUGGAUGUGAAGAAAGGUGCUCAGAUAGUGAAAUGUGCCAGUCUGCGGAGAGUUAAGCAGUGAGGCAGACUGAGUGCCGCAGAGCUCUCCGCAGGAUUCAACCCCUUCACCAAAACAAUCCUACAUGGACACAUGACCAGCAGCAGCUGAGAGGAGGAAGACCACACUGAAAAUAUUAAAUAAAUAAAAAGGCUGACAAAGGAAAUUAAGACCCCCAACACAACGAUAUUCACAGUGGCUUUGUCGACUAUCAGCACGCAGCAGAAGACAAGGAAACUGAUCUACUUGUAGUUUUUAUUACCAUUUUUUUUUAUUUGAAGAAACUCUGGAGAGAAAAACAAAACAUCUGCUACUAGGCUAGAAGCAUGAUUUCAUAUAAAAUAAAAACCAAACACAGACUUAAAAAAAUGAUAUAUAGAUAUAUACAUAGCAACCAAAAUGUGCUUCCUAUUAUCUGUAUCAGCAUGAGUGACUGCUGCCGCAUGGCCUGUCUUAAACUACAAAUACUGAGGGGGCAAUGGGGUUGGGGGGGGGGGGGGGGGGUCUCGGGAUGAAACAGGCAUGCAAUGUAGGCUUUGUUCAAUCAGCGAACUAUUUUCUAAAAUCACCAGAUUACGAUUCAGUGUAAGAGAAAAUAAAAUAAAUGAGACAGGAAAACAAAAAAAUGUCUUCACCAUUAGGAUAUCCUAGUUUGUCCCAGUGCUCUCUGAGUCCAGUAAAGCCACACUUAUCACCAAAGGAUAUCAGUGUUGUACAACAUAUGGUAUGCACUAAAAAGCUCUACGUGACCGUGUGUUGUUUAUGUUAGAAAAUCUCUAUGCGAUGCCACUGAUGCUGCUGUUUCACGAACAUAUGAGAUUCUUCCCUGUUUUUCUCGUUCGGUUCAUUUGAUCAGAACUUAUAUAUUAAUCUGUGUAACUUCAGAUCUUUGUGAGUACGAGAACACAUUCGAAAAAUCAGAUUUACACCAUCUGGUUGUUUUCUGUUCCUGUUUUUUUCCCCCACAAGCUUUCAUCCUUUGCUUUAGACAUUGGGAGUUUUCCUUGUGGAGAAGUCGCAGAAUCGAGAUAUUGAGCUGUUCUCUCAUCCAAGUUCUCUGCUUUAUUUUAGUGGAAUCAGUAGUGUGUCCUUGUGAGGUCUGUGUUCAUCUAUCCUGUCCCCAUAGCCUCUCAGACAACAUGUAGCAAUCCUGUCCGCCUCCAGCGGGGAGGAAGAGGUGCCCAACUUCAACUCAUCAUGCAGUUUUUGACUCCACCACACUAGGUGCACUUAUAGAUCUUCUCUCCACCACCAGAAGAUGUCUCUUAGUGAGGUAACUGGUUAUGUAGCACUGGAUCGACUGGACGGAAGGUGACCUUGCAGGUGUGGGAGUGUUGUGUCGAGGUGAUGUUUGGAUGCAGGCAGUGGCCAAUCACUGUGAUGAGAAACUGUAAAACUGACCCGUAACUGUGAGCCUGGCCCGUCUCGAAGCACAUCUGUCGUUUCAGUCUCCACUUAAGCCUCGUCUCGCCUCUUUUUUUUAUGAUUUCCAGUCUUAACCGUACUCAAGAAGUAGCAAUAACUGCUCACAAAACGAACGUCUGAGACAGAAGUGGGAGAGUUUUACGUAGGACCAUAGUUACAGUCUUCCUCACGGCUUUUGACGACUCCUCUCUGUUCAAAAUGAUGUCAGAAUUCUAGGAUUCCUUGCCAUACUUUUUGCUUCAUAAAAAAAAAUCUGAUUUCAUGUCAUCAGUCUCAUCUAGAAAGUGCCCUGUGAUUUCAUUUUUCCUCCAGGAAUGCUUUUUUGCACCUUGAAGGAGGUGGUUUUGUUUCCUUUACAUUUGUGUUUGCUUGAAACUGAAUGUGCCUGCGUGUCUGAUUUAAAUACAUGUUCAGUCCUGGAUGGUCAGACGCGACUAAGUUGUGAUGAUGUCACAGGAAGUGAUACUGCAAACAGACCUGUGCUUUUUUUUUUUUUUUAGGAAACAUAAGGGUGAUUUACCUCGAUAUGUGUGCCAUGUCAGAUUACAUCCGUAAGUUACACCUAUUUAUGUUAGAGGUUAGAACAGACAUGUACGUCUUCGUUGGAUUAAAAUAUGUAAACAUUGCAAUAAGCAUCUUUCAGUGUGUGUUUAGUAUGGCGUCCCUGCCAGAGAUGAUGAAUGUAAAGUCGUGGUAAACAUUGAGUCCCGUUACGUGUUUCAGUAGAUAUCAGUCACAUUUAACUCAAGUAUCUGCUGUUGACUAUCAUAUAAAUGACUUCAUCAUCGUUUUAUCGCUAACUUACAGGGAGACGAGUUUUAAGAACAAAACUUUUGAAGAUGCUUUCUAAUAUCCCAUCAUCCGAUUACUGUUUCUCAUUUUUUAUCUUAUUUAUUACAAACAUUGAGAUGUAAGUCAAUUAUAUAUUCGGUACAGCUUUGAUUAUAAUGGAUUUUUUGCAUUUAAUGUAGUGCUAAUGUAAAGUUUUAAAAAUAUGGAGCUGUUAGAUAAACCAUAGACAUGAAUAUGUAGAUGCCUCAUUGGGCGCUGGAGGGUGUAACAGUGUCACCGCCAUAUUGGAUGGGUUACUUACUCUCCUAACCCAACUAUAGUCAAAGCAGAAGGAGCAACUAUACUCGUUUUUGUGCAGCCUAUUGAAAACCGAUCAUGUGGGUUAUUAAUGACUUUUCUAGCCUACCUGUUGGGAUUUUAUAUUUUUAUUCAUUUCAUGAAAUGUUAUUUGUAUUUUAACUAUCAUGUCAUACCAUAUGUCUGACUUUGUGAAAAAAAUCACAAUAAAAUGGGUUUUGUUUUUUGUUGGGCAAGCACCGUCCUCAAUAGAAAUAAAUGCACUGGGGGCAAAUGGAGACCCAUCCAAGAUGGCGGCCUGCCGGCAGCGCCAGUUCAUGUCUAUAUGACACCUGUGAGAUAAACUCUGCAGUAGAAGUUAAGUUUAAUUUAUAGAUAAGUUUUGAGAAAGAAUGAUAAAACCGGAUUUUCUUUAUUUUUGAGGGAUUUUUUUACAGUUGCUUAUUAUGCAAUUUUAAUGCAUAUUUAAAGGAAUAAAUGAGCUAACCGACACAACCUGAAUAAAAAAGGUAACUAGUAGUUAUGUAACUUGACUAACACUGUAAAAAAAUCACUUCUCUAAAAUAUGAUUAAAAACAGACAAAAUAAGGAUAAAUAGUCUACAUGUUUCAGGGUUUGUGUUACAGCUGCAAUGGUUUAAUUAUGAUCCAUCUGUUAAUUAUUGAACUAGAUCUCAUCUUAUACAUGAGUUUAUUUUUUUAAAAAGCUGAGGUCAUUUUUAAUCUCGCUGCUGAUGUCAAAAUGGGUGUUAAGGGAGUCAGAUUUUUAUUUUUUUAAAGACAACAAUAAGGGGGAGCAAUUUGACGGUCGGUGGAGGCAAGAUGGCUUCAAGAUGACGAGCAUUUUCCUCAACACAGCCUACACCUGAUCUUUAUUUUGUUUCCUUUUUCUCCUGUUUACCAAAUAUGAGACUGAGCCCAUUCAAAGGCUUCCACAUUUUGACGGUCUGGAUGCUAGAAAAGAGUCCAAGUUGGUGCAAAGCAGAGCGUGUUGUGGUUACACCAGUGAGACGAGGAGCCCUGCAAUGGACUGCUGAAACAUGCACCAAGUUCAUGCAAAAAUGUUAACUCUUGCAAAAACUAGAGAACACAUGUAUAUUCCUUUAGAAUGGAUUGAAGACAUUAUUAAUAGCAUAUUACUCGAUACUAAGGAAUGCAACUGCGCACAUGCACAAAAAGUUUUUAAUAUAAAAAUGGCUAUAUAUAUGAAACAUACAAAUAUAUAUAUUUACUUAGAAUGCUAUGCACCCCUGUCAACUGGGAUUCCUGUUAUGUUAUGGAUGUCCUUUUUGCAUCAUACAGCUGUAGCUACUAAGAGACUUUUAAGUUUGGGUAAUGCCUGCAACCUGGGGAUAAAUAGGGGUUUUGUGGGUGUUUUAACUUAUUUUGUUUGCUUUUUUAUUGUCAUGGAGAGUCAAACAUAAAAUAUACAUGUGAAAACCUUUUAAUCCAAUCAAAAUCUGAGGGCAUCUGUUGACAAUUUACUCUGUACACCAGCUCAACAUUUACAAAAAUUAAUAAAGAAAUGAAACAUC